AUGAGCGGCCAUCAAACGACGAGCUAUUUUUUAAUAUUCCUCUUCAUUUUUGUCGCGAAUUCUCAAAUAACACCCGGAAAUAAUCUUCACGCAUUUCUAACAUCCUCAUACUAUUAUCCAAAAUCGCAAAGUCUCGGCGAUGAUUCGAUCGCGUUGGUUUUUUCGAUGAGAUCCGAGUCGAUUCGACGACAAUCCCAAAUUUUGACGAUUUUUGCCGAAAAUCACACCUCAAACGCGACAAUCAACACAACAAUUGAAAUUCCGAAUGGGAAGACGACGUUUCCAAUAUUUCCGACAACUUCAACACUUCCAAAUAUGACCAAAUUGAGUUUGCUUGAUGGCCAACAGAAAAUUGAGCUAAAAGUUUAUCUGGAUAAUAUGAAACAUAUAGUUGUUCUUCGAUCUUCGGGACAUUCCCAUCUCAUGAGUCAUCGUUGUGAGGCUCCGAUGAGCGUUUCGUCUCACUCGUUCCUUCACGGCUUUCACCUUAGCUAG